AAGGAGGAAACUGGGAGGUCGAGCGAUGUCAGCCAAUGGGCGGGCGCGUUCCGUGGCGGGGCGUGGUGGCGGGCCGCGGCGGUGGCGGCGGGGCGGCCAUGACGCGGAGCUGCUCGGCGCUGGGCUGCACCGCCCGUGACAACGGGCGGAGCCGGGAGCGCGGCAUCUCCUUCCACCAGUUCCCGGUGGACGCUGCGCAGCGCCGCGAGUGGAUCCGCGCCGUGAACCGUGUGGACCCGCGGAGCCGCCAGGCCUGGCGGCCCGGCCCCGGCGCCAUCCUCUGCUCGCGGCACUUCGCGGAGGCCGACUUCGAGCGCUACGGACUGCGGCGGAAGCUGCGACGGGGGGCCGUGCCCUCCCGCUUCCCCCAGCCGGAGCCGCCGGGCGCCGGCCGGAGGAGUGGGCCCGCCGCCCGAGCUCUGAAGCAGCCACUCCCCAGCCCCCCCGCCGGAGUCACCGCUGGGGACCACAACUACAGCCUGCAGGAGCAGCAGGCAGCCGGCGGCGAGGCGCGGCCGCCGCUGGAGGCCCCGCAGCAGCAGCCGGAGCUCCUUGCGGAUGGGAGAUGCUCCCCCGCACACAGGCCCAGAACGCUGGCGACGGUCCUCCGGGAACUGGCAGAUCGGCAGCAGCUUUCAGAGGAAACCGUGAGUUUGCUGCAGGCCCACUUUUCAGAUUUGCCUUGUGAGUUGCACAGCUGGAGGCAGAUGGCAGACUACUCACCAGAAAUGAGGCAAUUUGCUUGUAUUCUCCACCUCUACCAUAUUAAGGCCUAUGAUUAUCUACGGAAGAUUUUUCCCCUCCCUCAUCCUUACAGCCUGACAAAUUGGCUGUCUAAUAAUGAGGCUGCUGCAGGCUUCAGCAAUGACAUUUUUCUCCGCCUUCAGGAAAAGGUGGACAGAGGGGAACAGGCCUACUGCUACUGUGCUCUGAUGGUACAAGACAUGUCCCUGCAGAAGCGGCAGGAGUGGGACCCACAGACCCAGCACCUGACAGGCUUUGUUGACUUGGGAGCAGGCGUCCUUGAUGCUGAUGAAGCCCCACUGGCCUCAGAAGUGAUAAUCCUCAUGGCAGUCGGCAUCUCGAGUCCCUGGACAGCUCCACUCGGCUACUUCUUUGUGAACAGCACAACUGGCUGCUUACUUGCUCAGCUGCUUCGUCAGACCAUCAGUAAGCUGAACAACAUAGGCAUCACGGUGCUGGCUGUAACAUCAGGUGCCACUGCUUGUGGUGCUGAGACGGCCAGAGCUCUGGGGAUCAGGGUAGAUCCCGAAAGGAUUCAGUGCACUUUCCAGCAUCCACCUGGCUCUGCUCACAGCAUCACCUACUUCUUUGACAUUUGCCAUGCACUCCAGCUGAUAAGGAAUGCUCUGCAGUGCUUCCAGAAGAUAGAGUGGCUCAGUGAUGCCGUGUGGUGGCAGCAUGUGGUGGAGCUGGCAGCUUUGCAGGAACAGAGGGUAUUAGACCCAUGCAGUCCUAAGUCAGGCAGACCUAGGAUUGAGGAGAGUUACCACCUUAAGGUCAACCUUGCUACCCUGUUGUUCAGCGAGGGUGUUGCUGAUGCCCUGGAACACCUCCAGAAGCUGGGUCUGGCCUCAUUCCAGAACUGCAGUGGGACUGUCAAGUUUGUGCGUUUGAUGAGCUGUCUGUGCGAUGUAUUUCAUGGCAAAGGUCCCUAUAGAAGGGGACUUACAGGGCCUUUUCUAGCUACAAAUUACACCAAAAUAAGCUACCUCUUUAAUGAGGCCAAGAGCUUCUUUGUCACCUUAACAGACUCUAUGGGGAGAUACGUUAUUAAGAGCAAACGUAAACUAGGGUUUCUGAGUUUCUUGCUCAAUGCUGAAAGCCUCAAGUGGCUUUAUGCUAACUAUGUAUGUCCAGAAGGGAAUCCUUCCCACCACCUCCUGACCUGUGCCUUCAGCCUCGACCCACUGGAGGUGUUUCUCAGGGCCCUCCAGCAAGCCUGUGGCAGCAGCGGGAGCCCCACCUGCACUGUGUUCCAGGCUGCUUAUCACAAACUGCUGGCCAGCUGCAGCCUGGCACCAGGCUCACCACACAGCAAUGGCUCAGACAACAUGAGUUCCUUAGACAUAUCCCUGUCUCGUAGAAGAGAUCUGACCCUUGGCAGCAUUCGUGCUCAGUAUAACCCAGCUUGUGGGAGGACACUGGCAACAGAGUACCCCUAUUGUGCAGGCCUGCUUUUACGUGGCUCUGCACUGAGUAAUGCACUGACAGAUCUAUCGCUGCAUGCACAGAGCAUCACCUGCACUGCAGGCUUCAUUGCUGAGCAGUUAGCCUCUGACUUGCAAUGCGAGGCUUGUCUUGCUUCCCUCUUUGAGUCAGAUGAGAGCAGGCUAAGAUGUGGGUCAGUGCUGUACAUAAAAAAGUUAGGUGGAGUGAGUCUGCCCUCAGCAAGUGUGUACCACAUAACAAGCAUUUUGGAACAAGGCCUAAACCGGUAUGGCAAAGUAGGAGACAGCAACAACACCAAGCUAUGGCAUUUGUCUCUAGAACAGAAAGUCUUCCAGCAGCUUCUGGGAGAAAGUCCCCUCUUCCCCACCCUCACAAACCACUUAUUUGAUGGUGAGUUGUGUGUCAACAAUCAUUACACAAUCUUAGUAAAGGCAAUAACACGAUGUUAUUUAAACAUCAGAACAAACCAUGCCAAAUACCUCAACUUGAAAUACCCUUGUGGAAGGCACAGACUGAAGGGAAAACGUUUACUUCCAUCACCACUAGGCAGCUGUCAGUCAAGCCAAACCCACACAGGGUCAUGAGUACUACUGCUGUUCCAAGGAGUACUAUCCCUUACUGAGGCUCAGCAACGGUCACAUCUAGACAACACACAAGGAAAUGAUGUGUCUUCCCAUAAUUUGGCCAGCAAAACUGGUGUUGAUAAGUGGUAACUGCAAACCAUCUGAUCAGAGUUUGGCUGAUCAAAGCAAGGAAAUUCAUCUAAUCCUGUGUUCUAUCCACCAAUCCUGCAAAGCAGCUAUGUAUUUCAUGAGACUUGUAUGGCAGGUCAGGGUGAGCAACAGUUGCUCAGGAUGCCUGGGAAAGUGGUAGGGGUCACUGCAGUGUCACCUGGAGGUGCUAGGCGGCUUAGUGCUGUGAGUGCUCUUGCCAGGAGAAAACUGAUCCAUCUUCCAUGCAGUUGGGUGGGAUCACACAUGCUAGUAAUUCGAUUUCACCAAAGCAGAUCUUUAAAAAAGCUGGAGGCAAGAAAGCUUGCAGAGCUUUUACUUAAAAAGGAAAAUAAAGAUGUAAAGAAACAAAAUGGCACUCAAGUUGUACACAAGCUCUGAUCUCUACUCCUACAUGUCUCAAACCACUAAAACUGUUUAAGUCUAGAUCCUCUGAAGGUGGGACUGCACUAUCAAACUGUACCCACUAAAGCCUCAUGUUUUGCAAAUGAGGUAAAGCAAAAAGGCUGUUGUCCAUGAAGGUGAGGUGGCAGUGCUGUUGUGCCCAGGGGCCCCAGGCACCAGCAUGUGGGUAUGCUGCUGGAGGGUGAGUGUUUCAGGUCCUGUUACAUGGCCCCAUCAGGUCACCCACUCAACUGUGCCUCGUGGCCCCAUCUUCUCAGAGCUGGCAUGUAUCCCACAGCCCAGGGCACAAGGCAAUCUCCUUUUCAGAUAUUGUUUCCACUAAUUACUUGAAUCACAGAUUUGAUGCCACCAAGUAGGACAGGCUUCUUAGUUCAUUUCUGUGGCAAGGAAGCUGCUUUGGUUUGCAGUGCUUUACCUGGAAUAGUUUGACAUAACUGCUGCUAAGCAGCUUCCCUUUGCCACACAGAACAGCAAUUGCAUCUACAGAGAUGGAAGGCAACUGGUAUCCACAAAACUCUGGCUGUUUGGUUACUUCCAAGUUGCAUGUUGGAGGUAAGAUGAAAAAUGGCAAGCUGCCAUGUCCCAGGGCAGGAAUAAUAUUCAAGCUGCCAUCCUGCCUACCAGUGACUUGACAAAACUUUCCCUCAUUGGUUUGGGUUCUUCCUCCCCUUAGUCCUACCCACUUGUGGGAGCACAGCUGCUGCACUCAAUUCCUCAGGCUCUGCUUUGAGAGCAGCAGCACCACAGAACUUCACUUGUUCUGCUGGGAGUAGCAAACCAAAACCUCUAGACUUUUUUUCCAGUCCAAUUACCUAUGCAAAGCUAGUUGAAUCUAUCACUGCCAUGGAGCCAUGCCAGCCACAAAAGACUGCAAGAAACUAUUCCCCUCCCAUAUGUGAUUUUUAGAGCAACUGACAAAAUGCUGCUGAAAUCCCAGUGGUUAAUUGGUUGCACUCACGUAGCGCUGUAACAUUUGCAUUGCCUAAACUUCUAGUCCCAAUAUGAGCUGAGCAGUAGGGAACAGGCACUUCCUUGCUGUGCAUUUUUUUCAGCUGGACAUAAGCCAGCUGCCACUUCCUGUUUACAUCUGAGGGAGCUUGUCUUGCUCAAGUCAUACCGAGCUGCAUCCUGAAUGGGAAGCUCUUGCACAAAGAUCUGCAUGAACUCCUGGCUGCUGGGGUGAAGCUGUGAACAUGGCAGGUGUGCUGUGCACAGGGCUUCCCCAUUUCUGAAUUCCUCAUGGGUUUUGUGCAGUUGCUGCCGAUCAGCCAACUGAGCCAGAGACCACUGCACAGAUAGGCUGACAUUAGGCUCUGUGCAUUCCUGUGGCUGACCUGCCCAUACCCACAACCACCACAGUUUGUAUAUCCUUUUGUAGUUCACUAAAAUAUUGAUGACAGAUGUUUUCAAGAGAUCUUGAGGAAGUUUUAAAGGGCUUGGUAGGAUGAUAUUUGAGCAAAAGCACAUUAUUAGAAAAAAGCAUGGCAGUUAUCUAAUUAACAAAGCUAUCCAAUAUUAUAAAAAAGGUUGACAGUUGCUAUAGGAACCCUGUACCAAUUGCCAUUAUUUCCCAAAAAAAUACAGACCUGCUGUUUCCCACCACAGAUACUGCUGGCUGUACUGACACUGCAGGAACUGUCAUGUUUCAGUGGACUUUUUCAGCAUUCAUAACUCCACAAUUGUGACCAAAUGAUUUGCCACACCACUCCUUUUCCCAAAGGAUCUUUUGGACACUGCUUUCUCUUCCCAGCAACUCCUUGCUCAGACAUUCACCAUCUCGCUCUGAAACACCCUCACUCUUGCUAGCACCACACCCCCCAUGAGGUCUACACAAGCCCACCCCUAAGUCACUCUGAGCACCUCAUUCCUUCUCUCAUUCCUCCACUGCAGCCUAAGGUAACUAACAGCCUUGUCCUGUGGCAGCUGGUGCGCUAGGGGUGGAAAAGCUUAGUCCAAUAAUAUUUUUCAUUUGCUCAACAUCCUAACAAUGCUCCUAAGACUCCCUGAGCAUUGUUCGUAUGCUACCUUUACCAAGUUGCUAUAAAAAGCUGAACGUAGAAACUGGAUGCACAAAGCCAGGUUUUACUUUGGAGAAACAAACCACAAACUCUCUUAACUGACUUCUAUUCCUUAAUGCCACUGAGAAAUACAACUUUGCAAAAGCCACUCACAAACCUUCUCUCCAAGACAGACAUAAAAAGACACAAAUGCAACAAGAAACAGUGCAUUGCAUCUUGAUAACAAGCAGUCUAAGAGUCUUGACAAAGUUUUGCCUCAAAGUUUUGCCCAGGGUCCUCAAUAAGCUCUGUGGAAUACCCUUGCUGUCUUCAAGGGCGCUGCAGAACGGCCUUGCACAUCCUUCUACUCAGUCUGAGCUUAACUCUUGCCCAGUCAGUGCUCAUGAAAAAAAUUAUGCUUUCUCAUUAAAGAGUUUAAAAGAAAUUGAGAAAUGAUCAUGUGGGCUCAACUAUCUGGUGCUGGCUUGGUUGACACAUUUUGGCCUUUUAUGAACUGUUCCACAAUGUGUGAUGAAUUGCUAGGCACGACAGUAUGCUAGUAACCAAGGGUUUACCUCUGGUAGGAUUCGAUCUCAUGCUGAAAAUCCAAGCCAGUACUUGCAUCAGAAGUGGGUCUAGUGUUAACAGAUUUAUUUUCAUGUUCCAGUGAAAAUCUUGUGUGUAUCUGUCAGUGCUGAAGGAAAUGAGUGCAAAAAAAUAUUUACAGAAUAGUAUAAAUGUUUAUUUUUCUUUG